AUGGCUAAUCCCAAUAUCCAAAAAUUAUUACAACUCAAUGAGGAACUUGACAAAAAGAACAACGAUUAUGAUAAAUGGUCACAGAAUUUGGAUGAAAAGGCUGCACAACUCCAAAAUAUUGAAAAUAAAAUCAAGAAAUAUAAAAGUCUGACGCCAUCUUAUGAGACUGAAAGGGUUCUUAUUGAAAAAUAUUCAGAAAUAUUAGCAAAACUUCAGAAUAUUACUAUCGCCAUUUCUGGUUUACCAGCAGAUACGGCCUCUAAUGAAAAUAUCAGAUCUGUCCAUGAAUUAGAAGAGAUUGUUAACGCAUUCGAACAAGAAAUUAAUCGCCAAACCAUUGCAAUUAAUAAACUCCAGGAUUUGAAGACUCAAAUUCAACAAGAAACGCAAAACCCACUAUAUAAAGAUUAUUUCAAAUCUAACGAGACAAAGUGA